GAUAUUCGAUAAGAGAGUGAGGCAGAGUGUCAAGUGGAAAUUAGCUAAGAAGAUGAUAGAAAAAGAAAAUGCCUUGCAUACUUUGAUUGGCUGGAUAGUUUUUGAUGAAUGAGUAGCUGAUACUACUAUGGAGUGAAUCGAAUGUAGAUUGGGCAUAGUAAUACAGCUCAUUUUAAUUUUAGCUGUUGUAGGAUGUGUGGGUCCCUCCGAUAAAGAAAACCAGACAGCUGGGUGCGUGAGGGCGGUACUAUUUCAUGAUAGUAUCAAGGCAAUGCAACAUGCCGUAGAGGAAAGUUCUUUAAUCUUCAGAGGAUCAAUUCUUUCAUAAAAACACAAAAACAUCUUUAGUAUGUACCCCUUCUUCAGAAGGAUGUUGUUUGAACAGGGCAUUUACUUUAAAACCCCAACAAUUCUUUGCAAGUCAACAACUCUUCACAAACAACUUUUUUCCUCCUACAUUCCAUUUAACAAUCCCACACACAAACAUACAAGUUGUGCAUCAACAAGUAACAAACACAUUCUGACAAUACACAGUUUGAAAAGAUGAUUGAGAUUUCUCAUAUUUGUUAUGUCCUUGCCUUGGGCAUCGUCGUAUUAUGUGUUAAUGCGCUCCUUCCCCGCAAGCCCGAACAAAACUCUAUGGAGCCAGUUCGCGUUCCCUCAAGUAUACCACUCAUUGGCCAUGUUAUCGGUCUCUUCCGACACAGAAAUGAAUACUAUAAUCUUCUGAGUCAAAAAUGGAACCUUCCAAUCUUCACUAUCGGAAUGCUCAACAAAGACAUUCAUGUCGUUACUUCAGCCGAUCUUAUUCCAUCUCUCCAUCGUCAAUAUAGAGUAGUUUCACUAUGGGAGCUGGAGGCACAAUUUACAGUGAAAUUGGCUGGCUUGACUAAAGCUGGGGCAGAUAGGAUGCACACUAAUUUGUCCUCAGAAGAAAAUCCAAGUCUGAUGCUUCAAGAAAUCAAGGUGAUUCAGAGCACACUUUCUUCCACAGAGUCCAUUAAGAAAAUGCUUCGUGUUGCAGUACAGGCUACAAAGGAUGAACUGGAUAAUUGGGCAACACCAGCUGCAAACAACAAAAACAAGAAGGUCAACUUAUUAGAAUGGUUGCAACACGAAUUGACCAUUGUUAUUACAGAAAGUUUGUAUGGAGAUAAAAAUCCUUACCGGGAUCCAGAGGUUGAAGCAGGAUUUUGGGCUUUCUCUGAAGGUACAUUGAAACUUUUGUUGCCAGAUUUCCUAACGAAAAUCUUCGCUAGCGAAGGUGUUCGCGGUCGAGCUGCAGUUGUAAAGGCAUUCCAAAAUUACUUCACUAGCGGCAGCCAAGCUGGAGGCUCAGAUCUCAUGAAAAAUAGAUUUGAAUUGCUGGUCGAUCAUGCGGACACUCAAAACAGUGACCUGGCGAGACAUGAAAACCUGAUCGAUAUUGCGGCGUUAUCCAACACAGUUCCUUCGGCAUUCUGGGUAAUUUAUCAUUUGUUUUCCGAUGCUAGUCUUCUCGAGCAGGUCCGGACCCAAGUAGCAGAAUUGACAACAUCCGAGGUUUCAGCUCAAGGAGAGACAAUCUGUAAGAUCAACCUACAGAAGCUAAUCCAACUACCAAUUCUUUCCUCGUUGAUAUUAGAAACUUUGAGAUUCCGAUCAACUGGUACUGGACCCCGUCUUGUUAUGGAAGACACGCUUAUCGGUAAAGAUCAACAAUACCUGCUUAAGAAAGGCUCCUUGUUGAUCAUCGCGAAUAAGACACUACACUUUGACAAGCGUGCAUGGGGAGAUACAGCAGAUUCCUUUCGUUUCGAUCGAUUUUACGGUAAAGUUCCUGCAAACGCAUUCCGCGUCUUUGGAGGAGGAGCAAAUAGGUGUCCAGGUCAAGGAAUUGUGACAAACGUUAUUGCGGCUUUCGCAGGAAUGUUUAUGAUGAGAUUUGAUAUCAUUCCGAAUGGAAAUGAUUGGACUGAUCCAGGUCAAGAUCUCGUGAACAUGUCUACUCAGACAGGUCCUCCAAAGGAGAAGUUUAUGGUAAACAUAGUACCAAGGGAGAGUGCGAAAAACGUAGUAUGGAGCUUCGAAAUGUAGUUGUUUUCAUCUCUUGAAAGGGAGGAAGUGGGAUAUGGCCUGAUGGUGUUUGCGGGAUUAUUGAACUCAGGCUUGAUACUCGAAAUAGCAGAAUUCUGAAUUCAUAUAGAAUGAAUAUAAAUGAAGAUUCAUAUACA